UCCUUUCUGGUGUAAGGUCAGCUGAUCCCAGAAUUUACUUCACUGUGGGGACGAGGUGUAGCGGAGUUACUACAUUACGAGCUAACGUUACAAUAGCGAAAUUAGCUAACAAAGGAAAGGACUUGCACGUGGAAGUUACGUCUGACAUCUCGACUAUACUCAGUGGUAAGCCAAAGUCAAGAAGAUGGCUGACACAGAGCAAACAAGUGCCCCUUCUCCCCCUCCAUUAGGGCCAGUGCAAUUCAUGUUGGCUAACAAACUAGAGACGGCAAUGUGGCUUUCACGGCUCUUCACCGUCUAUUGCUCAGUAAUGUUUAUUCUACCACUCUUAGGACCCCAGGCGGCAGCCAAUUUCUACCAACGUGCUCUGCUGGCCAAUGCCCUCACCAGUGCCCUGCGGCUACACCAGCGGCUCCCACACUUCCAGCUCAGCAGAGCCUUCCUCGCCCAGGCACUACAAGAGGACAGCUGUCACUACCUGCUGUACUCCCUCAUCCUGGUCAAUUCUUACCCCAUCACCAUGAGCAUUUUCCCAGUCUUUCUCUUCUCGUUGCUUCAUGCAACCACCUACACAAAGAAGGUUCUUGAUGCAGUGGGCCCCAAUAGCCUGCCGUUCGUGAGAAACUUCCUCAACAAGCUCACCGCUAACCAACAGAACAUCCUAAAGUUCAUUGCCUGCAACGAGAUCUUCCUAAUGCCAGCCACUGUCUUCAUGCUCUUCAGUGGCCAGGGAAGCUUGUUGCAGCCCUUCAUUUACUACAGGUUUCUAACUCUCCGCUACACCUCUAGAAGAAACCCCUACUGCCGCACCCUGUUCUCAGAGUUGCGGAUCCUCCUGGAGCAUUUCGUCAUGAAACCCACCUGCCCCGCCUUCUUCAGAAGGAUGUGCCUCAACAGCAUCGCGUUCAUGAGCCGCCUAGCCCCGACUGCUGUGUGACCGUGUUUUGUUCCCCAACCGUAGUUUUUACCGUAAGGGGUGUGGCGGCACGUCGGUUUUGAGAGGGACAGACGAAUGACAACAUUGAGGGUUUAAAAAAAAGUAGAACUUUUGAAUGUUACAAGUGGUCUGUGUUCCUGCUGCUCUGUUCAUAUGCUACAGCGGAGGCUGUGUCUUCGCCUGCAACGCACUGAAACCCCUCUCCCCCAGUCGUUUUUUGAUAUGGCUGAAUGGAACAGCUGGAAACAAACUCCCUCCUCCACCCCCUUAUUCUCUCUCUUUGGGAAGAACAGCGCCAGAGUAUCUGAUAGGAUCGAUCAUAUGAUGGUGAAUGUUUUUGGUCUGCCCUGUACGAUUUAUUUAUUCAUGGAGAAUACAUGUUCUGCGAAAUGCUAAUUGUCUCAUUGUACUAUACAUAAUUGCAGUCACUUAUUAUUUCUUUCUUUUAUAAUCAUAUUGUGCUAUUGAAAGGUGAGAUGUCAGUGGCUCUGGGAUUUCUACAUCCACCAAUUCCAUUUUAUACAUUUGUUUACUUAUGCGUAAAGAAUUGGUUGUGAUCUUUUUUUCUUAAAACACAUUUUUUAACCUUUAGAAUUGAGAUGUGAUCUAUGCCAUGUUUAUAAAAAAAAUUACAAAUUAAAAGUAGAGGCAGUAUUUUAUAAAGGCCUUGAUUAGAGAAUGUGGUUUAUCUGCUGUACUUUUGAAGGCUUGAAUGGUACAAAGAUUUCUGUCACCGUUAGAUUUACUUUACCAGCAAUUCUCCAGUCGACACAAAGCAUGUUAUGCAGCAAAUGGAAAGCGCUAGGAUGGCUGCAAGUGCAUAGUUGCAUUUUGAAUAGAUUUAUUAUUGAAAAUUCUAAUUAAAUUGAUCUGAUUUGUGGUUAACACUCUAUGGUCUUCUGAUUCACUGCAUGCCCACAUUUCCAUGUUAAAUGUAUUUAUUUUCUUGUAGAGAAACCAUGUUUGUCUGAAUCUGGAAUACAUUUAUCCAUUAUAUUAAAUUAAUCUAUAAAUUG